AUGGUGCACGACGCCGACCACCCCGACUACUUUGUCCUCGACGAGAACGGGGACCGCUUCCUCCCCAACGUCAAGCAGGUGUAUGCGCCGCUGCAUCCCGACGAGGGCGACUACCGGUCGCCCGAGCGCCUGUUCUCCGACUUUGACGAGGACAUGCUCGCGCCGCCGGUUACGGAGCCGUUCCCCGCCAGCCGCAUGCGCGAGAUCGUGUCCGACCCGCCGAGCGAGGACGAGAGCGUCGGCAAGAGCAUCCCCCCGGGCUCGUUCAGUCUCAAGUGGAAAGGCCCGAGGGACUGGAACAAGCCUGGGCCGGGCACGAAGAAGAUGCAGUGGGAGGGGUUUACGAAUGGCACAGAGUAUGAGACACCAGAGGAGAUCGAGCUCCGCAUCGCGCGCCGCAACGCCGUCAAGCGCGGCUUCAUGUACGCAUGGCAGAAGUACAAGGACUACGCGUGGGGCCACGACGAGGUCAAGCCGGUUACGCGGCAGGUGUCGGACCCGUUCAAUGGCUGGGGCGCAUCGAUCAUCGACACGCUCGACACGCUGCUCAUCAUGGGCCUCGAGGAGGAGUACAACCACGCGCGGCCGUUCGUCAACCAGCUCAACUUCCACUGGGUCAAGGGGCGCGACUGGUCGCAGGGCUACAUCUCGCCCGAGUCGGAGAAGGACAGCGACGGCGAGCGCUGGAAGAUCUCCCGCGACAAGACCGUCGGCAUGCAGGUGUUUGAGACGGGCAUCCGAUACCUCGGCGGCCUACUCGGCGCCUACGACCUGUCCGGCGACAAGCUCAUGCUCGACCGUGCGGUCGACCUCGCGAAGGUGCUCAAGCGCGCCUUCAACACCGCUUCGGGCUUGCCGCAGGGCAGCCGCAUCGACCCGGGGUACGAGGGCGCGCAGCAGUUGUUCGCCGUGUCAAUCGCCGAGGUCGGGAGCAUGUCCCUCGAACUCAUCCGCUUGGGCCAUGCCACAGGCGACCGGCAGUGGUUCGACCUCGCGCAGCGCGUGACUGAUUUCAUCGACAAGCACGUUGCGCCGCGCUCCAAGUUCCCGCCGCUCAUCCCCAUGCGCUUCUCGCCGGACACGGACACGCCCGUCGCAGGCACAUACUCGUUCGGCGCAAUGGAGGACUCGUACUACGAGUACCUGAUCAAGGCGUACAAGCUGCUCGGCGGCGGCCCGCUCGGCGAGCAGUACAAGCGGCUGUACGCCAAGUCGAUUGAUGCGGCGCGCAAGCUCCUCUUCACGGACAUUACGAUCAUGCCGGACCGCGACCUCUUCACGAUCGGCAAGUACGAGAACGGGCAGCUCAACCACGAGGUCGAGCACCUCGCGUGCUUCGCCGGCGGCAUGUUGGGCAUGGGCGCGCGCUUGCUCGACCGCGAAGCCGACUUCUGGGAGGGCCAGAAGUUCACCAACACAUGUUUCUGGCUCUCACAGCACAUGAGCAUGGGCGUGCAGCCUGAAGUCGCCCACUUUUACAAGGAGGACGAUCCCGAGCUGUACAUCAACAUCACGAGCACGGGGCGGCGGUACCACCUGCCGCAGCGCGAGGUGAUCGACGACAACAAUGCCAACCACGCAAAGAUGUACAAGGACUCGGGGGGCACAUGGCGCUGGCGCGACGACCACUCGGCCGUCGUCGAGGACUCGGGGCGCGGCGUCGGCCUCCCCAUCUCGUACUACAAGCACUUGAACGGGUCGCCGCCGGGCCUGAAGAAGAUCACGCCGUACUACAUCAACCGGCCCGAGACGAUCGAGAGUGUGUUCUACAUGUAUCGCCUGACGGGCGACCGGAAGUGGCAGGAGAAGGGCUGGAAGAUGUUCGGGGCGUGGAUGGAGAACGGCAUGGCCGACGCCGGCAUCAGCAGCAUCAAAGACGUGACCAAGCCGCAGGGCCAAGCCGAGCUCGGCGACAACAUGGAGAGCUUCAUCUUCGCCGAGACCUUCAAAUACCACUACCUGCUGCAGAGCGAGCCCGAGCUCAUCUCGCUCGACGACUACGUGCUGAACACGGAAGCGCACACGCUGAUUGCGAACCAAGCGUUCGCGCCCGGCGCGAGCGGCUUGUGGACCGAGGCGCGGCAAGCGCUGGGCGAGCGCGCCCGCGGCACCGACACGCAGAAGUGGAUGCGGCUCAAGGUGCUCGAGCCGCACCGCAACCGCGCCGCCGCCGGGACGCCACAGCGCGGGCGCGGCCCGCAAGGCCCCCGCCGCGGCGGCAUGGGCAUGGGCGGCGGCGGCGGCGACCCGAAACACAAGCCGCAGCCGCCCGGCGCCGCGUUCGCAAAGGUCAAGCCCGAGGAGGACAAGCCCAAGCCCAAGCCCAAGGCCGACGCGGACAAGCAAAAGCCCGUGAGGCCCGCCGACACCGAUCCCGAGGAUGACUCGUAG